AUGGCUGAAUCUAACCCAGGCGACGAGCUCAUCCGCUCGAACGAUCCCAUUCACCCCGCGAACCUCAUUCCGGAGCUUUGCAGAGGCUUCUAUCAGCUGGGCUGGGUGACGGGCACUGGGGGCGGCAUCUGCAUUCGGAUCGGUGAUGUAGUGUACAUCGCACCGUCUGGAGUGCAGAAAGAGCGCAUUCUGCCCGAGCAUAUAUUUGUUUUACCGUACCCACAGCCUAUGACCGAUCGCGUCUUCCUUCGACGUCCGACACAGGCCCUGAAUGAAUCCCAGUGCACGCCAUUGUUCUGGAACGCGUUUGAGUUGCGCGAUGCGGGCAGCUGUGUGCAUACGCACUCGCAGAAUGCUGUUAUGGUGACCCUACUGGCCAAAGGAGACGUCUUCCGCAUCUCGCAUCAGGAAAUGAUCAAGGGAGUCCGUCUGGGCGGUAUGAACGCAGCUUUAUCGUACCCGGACACGCUCGAGGUUCCUAUCAUCGACAACACGCCACACGAGCGGGACUUGAAGGACAGCAUGGCAGAGGCGAUGAAGAAGCACCCCAACGCCGCCGGCGUUCUCGUGCGCCGCCACGGCAUCUAUGUCUGGGGCAAAGACUGGCAGAGUGCAAAAACACAAACAGAGUGCUUGGACUACCUUUGUGAGAUCGCGGUCAAGAUGCAUGCAGUCGGUUUACCAUGGGUGGCUGAGUCUGUAUGA